ACAUGCUGCGUGUCUCGCCUUCCAUGGGCCACACUCUGGACAUGAACACCUCACUGCGCCACCUGCUGUUCCUGCUGGAGUACUGCAUGGUGACCGGCUAUGACUGGUGGGAUAUCUUGCUGCACGUGCAGCCUGGCAUGGUGCAUAACCUGGUGGACAAGCUUCACGAGGAGUACAUGCGCCAGAACCAGGCCCUGCAGCAGGUCCUGUCGACGCGGAUUGUAGCUAUGAAGGCGUCUCUGUGUAAGCUGUCGAGUGCCACCGUGGCGCGGGCCUGUGAUUACCACGCCAAGCUCCUGCUCAUAGCAAUCAGCUCCACACUCAAAUCGCUGCUGAGACCUCAUGUGCUCAACACCCCUGACAAGAGCCCUGGAGACAGACUGGCAGAGAUCUGUGUGAAAAACGUUGACACAGAUAUUGAUAAGGUGAUGAUCAAUCUGAAGACGGAGGAGUUUGUGCUGGACGCCUCCACCCUGCAGUCUCUGCAGCAGCUCAUCCAGUGGGUGGGAGACUUGGUGCUCUACCUGCUGGCCAGCCUGCCCAACCAGGGCUCUCUGGUGCGGCCGGGGUUUGGGUUCCUGCGUGACGGCCCCUCUCUGGGAAUGCUGCGGGAGAUGAUGGUGGUGAUCCGGAUCUGGGGUCUCCUGAAGCCUGGCUGCCUGCCCAUCUACACAGCCACCUCGGACAACCAGGACAGCAUGUCUCUGCUGUUCCGCUUGCUCACCAAGCUCUGGCUCUGCUCCCGUGACGAGAACCACCCUUCAGAACCAGAUGACUCCCUUAUAGAUGAGUGCUGUCUCCUGCCCAGCCAGCUGCUGGUGCCCAACAUGGACUGGCUUCCCGUCAAUGACGGGGUGGUGAGCAAGCUGCAGAACAAGCAGCCUCUGCGCCUGCAGUUCGGGAAGCCCUACAGCCUGCCAGGACUUGGCUCAGGGGCGCCGGUAGAGAUCUUCUCCAGGAGCCCUGGCUCUCAGAGGAUGGACAAUCUGCGCUGUCUGCACCUGGGCGUCUGCCCCACCGAAGACAGCAAGGCAUGCACCAGGUGUGGCUGUGUCACCAUGCUACGAUCGCCCAACAAGACCACUGCACUGAAGCAGUGGGAGCAGCGCUGGAUUAAGAACUGUCUGUGCGGGGGGCUGUGGAGAAGGAUCCCCACCACUGUUUCCUGAGAGAGAACCCUCAAAACACCCAGCCCAAUCUCAGUGGUCUUUGUUGGACUUGCCAGAUUUUUGGAUUUCAUUUUGUAAAUAGACUUUUUUUUGUCUAGUAGUUGGUUGUAUACAGUUCUCUGUACAAUUGGUGUUUUUUAUUUCUUUAAUAAAACAGAUCAUGUUACUCUUAUCAA